AUGGCUGGACAUCAGCUUCUGAUCGUGCCUUCUGAGAGGAGUCUCUCGCAAGCGGAGAGUUUGUCACUUGUCCAGAUCUUCCUCAACGCUUCUCUGGCAUGUAUCGCGCAUACGAGGGAGCUCAUCCCAUGGAUGUCUCCGAGUCUCCGAACUCGUUACAUUAACCACAUCGACCCUUCUCUCCUGGUCCGUGGCGAGAACAUGUACAAGACCUUCCAAGUUGCCAAUCCCGAGGCCGAUUGCACUGGGCAAGAGAUCAGGAUAUUGGUGCCUGGCGGCCACAAAUGUGCGGAUCAGAUAGUCGAGAUGCUGGAGAGAGGUGUAUUCGAAGCGCUGGAACACGGCUUUUUGGACACCCUGCAAGUAUUUGUGACCGACAACAAUGGCGAUCCUCCCACUGUCAUUGAGUCGUAUCGUUUUGCGUUCUCCUACAACAAUGGCCUCAUAAACAGCAUCGAGUUGAGUCCCACGAAUCACGUUUUCGUUCUGGACCAUUUUCAGAAGAGUUUCAAAACUGCCAUACGCGCUCUGCUUCGUUCUUUGAAAUGUUUACCACGUCUUCCAGCCCGUCGGAAGCUAGGCAUGAGCCUCACCUACAAUGAAGCCUGUCCCGAUAUCUACCAACCGCCGGGUUUCAUGGACACCGAUCACCUGGAGCAGUCCAGUGGCCAACUACUAUGUGGAGUGUUGGGGCAUGUUGUCGAAGAUAUCGUAGGCAGCCUGGAUACCAGUCACCACCAAGUGGAUGUUGCUGUUUGCCGAAACCCCCUGAAAGACGCCGAGACGCCAAUCGAUCCACAGGAUGCCGCCAUGAGCAAACAAUUGCAGGCAAUGCAAAAGACAUCUUCCAUCCGGAGCACUGACUUAGUCUCGACAUUGAGAGAUUCCAUCUCUCGCAAACGACGCAAUGGGUCUCCGAUCCCCAACGAGAAACGCCUGAAGCUUGUUGGAACGGAGAACCUACUUGUCAAAGAACAAGUCCAGGCGGACAACAAGCGGCUGAAACAACGCGAGGUCUCUGGGACCUCCAUCGGAGAGAUGAUCGAUACCGGAAGCAAGAAUAUUUCCGUCGCUUCACCGGUCAGCACUACACGAAAUGAUGGUCCAUGCCUCAUUAUCAGCAAACUGGCAGAGCUGCUCGUCCACUCUUACGCCAUCCAAUGCGGACUCUCUGGAGAUGACGGAAUUGUCUUCGACCAAGCUUUGCUUGCAGACGGGAUAAUCAGGCGACGAAAUCGGUCAACCCGGCUCCGGUGCGAGUGUGGCAGUGCCCUGACUUCGGGUAAAAUGAUCUACUGCGACAUUUGUGACAACUGGCAGCACGCCAAAUGCUACGGCUACGAUGGAGGGUACCCCGUCAAUCCACCAGCGGAGAGGAUCUGCUACACCUGUUUGUUUUUUCCUGCAGACAAAGACUUUAUGCAUACCCCUGCAUACAUCAUUUCCAUACGACUUGCUGUGAGAGCAUUAACAAGCCAAACUCGAUCGAGCUCCGUUGUGGACGAGCAGAAAUUGCAGAUGAUACUUCAACCAGUGCAAUGCACCAAACAGCUCCUAGAUGCAGUGAUCACUCAGCUACUCUCCGAGGGCAUCCUUUCAACCCAUGACAGGCAAGGUUGGAAAGUUCGGUCGCUUGACGAGUCGAAGUUGCAGGGACUGAGGCAGAAGUACGGCAGUCCGUUCGCGUCAAUCGAUCAGUUCUACGACUGGGAUAUCGAUGCCAAAGACCCACAACGGCGCACCUACCACAUUGCACGCGCACUUGAAAAAUAUGCUCAAGGACAGGAUUUCACAGCGGGCCAAGGGUGUAUAGAGGUCGUCUCUUCCCAUAAGCUGGGCGCGCCUAUGAGGCGAUGGGGUUAUGUCCAGGACGAACCUGUCUCGGGCACGGGUUCCGUGGCAUCAGACUCCCCUCCAGCAACACCAGUGCGCCGUCGCAAAGUCAGCAUUUCACGUUUGUUGGUUAACAUCGACCGCUCGCCCUCCGCAGGAAGCAUGAGCUUCGAAGAAUCAUCGCUUCAAGCUCUCGAAGGCAUGACCUGCAGCAGUGAAAUCAGUCCCGCCAGCUCUACAGCGACAGCGGACUUGUAA